AAGAGACCUCUCCAUGCCACUUAGCAAUGCGCAGUGCCAAUUCCUUCAGUUGGGCUCGGUCUAAAUUGGAUGGUUGUUUUGGUCUUUCAGGCAGCAGGACAAGAUAAGGCUAUUAUAGAGACCAACCAGCUCAGCCCCAAAUUUAUAUCUUCUUAUCAUUUCUUUCAAACUACUUCCGCAGUACCAUAGUCAAGAGGCUCAAGUUCUUCCCUCAGUUUCCCAAAUGAGUUCCAAGAUCAACUCUUCAAGUCUUCCAAUCCCCCACAGGCUUCCAACCAAUUCACCCAGCUUCAAUACAUCAUCAAACUCUCUCAGAUUUAAGUACAGACCCCACUCUUCUUACACCAGUCCAAGCAAGCAAGAAGCUCCUGGCAAAGUUGAACAAAGUCCUACUACCAUAUGGAACGUCAAGUUUGAAACUCUUGAAGGCUGCAAGCUGGGCAUCUCCCGGUAUCCAGAUUUUGAAUACAAUGCCAAAGGAGGCAUUGGUACAGGGAUGGGGAGAAAGGAGGACGAGGAUACCAUGCUGGUCUCUUUCGAUGUGGGAACACUGUACAUCCCACCGCUUGCCGGAGCGACGACAAAGUUCCUUGGCUUGCCAUUGCCACCUUUUCUUAGAAUAGAUAUUGUUCCAGAGUUUUUCCAGGGAACCAUCAGCAAAGAGAGUGGACAGGUUGAUCUGCAGUUCAGAGCAAAAUUCUGGUUCUCAGUUGGAAGCAUCUACAAAGCUCCUCCAUUGAUGGUGGAGACCACACUAACAUCAGAGGAGUCCGCAGGAAAAUUAAGGGGUGGGAGGGGGGAGAGAAUAAAUGGAGAAGGAAGGUGCAGGCUGGUUGGUGUGGCCUUGGUGAAUCCAAUCAAUGACAUGCUCAUGAACUCCUUUCUUGGACUUCCAACUGAAUGCAUUGCUGAUAUGAAUGCGAGAAUCGCCAUUGAUCCCUCUACUUGAAGCAUCAUCUCUCCAAGACAUCCAGCAAAGUCGGAACUCACCAAUUCAUUUACUUGAUUUCAGUUGGUUAUGACAGCAAAAGCAUUCAAAUACUGCAAGAUUUCAAAGACUUAAUCAGCAUGUCUAUACAUGCAAUGGUAUCAUGGAAUAUAUGGCAAUAACAUAAAAACUUGUUAAGUCUGAUUGUGUAAACCUUUGUUCUUAAAGAACAACUGGAGAUCUGAACUUCUGAAAAACAGUUAAGGCUUUGGAAUAAUUUUGUACAUGAAAUUUCCAGUGAACAACUUUGGAUCCACGAUUAAGUGCAAAGCCAUUGAAAGCCAUGGUCUUGGAGCAGCUUAAUUAUGGUGGAGCAAUAAACCAUCAUAUGAUUUGGAGAC